AUGUCGCUGCUCGUCUUACAGAAAGAUCGGACCUCUCCUGGCAAAACUAGAAGAGAUUUGACAUCUUAUGACAACACUGAAAGAGAACUGACUUCUCCUGUCAAAACUAGAAGAGAUUUGACAUCUUAUGGCAACACUGAAAGAGAACUGACCUCUCCUGUCAAAACUAGAAGAGAUUUGACAUCUUAUGACAACACUGAAAGAGAACUGACUUCUCCUGUCAAAACUAGAAGAGAUUUGACAUCUUAUGACAACACUGAAAGAGAACUGACCUCUCCUGUCAAAACUAGAAGAGAUUUGACAUCUUAUGACAACACUGAAAGAGAACUGACUUCUCCUGUCAAAACUAGAAGAGAUUUGACAUCUUAUGACAACACUGAAAGGGAACUGACCUCUCCUGUCAAAACUAGAAGAGAUUUGACAUCUUAUGACAACACUGAAAGGGAACUGACCUCUCCUGUCAAAACUAGAAGAGAUUUGACAUCUUAUGACAACACUGAAAGGGAACUGACCUCUCCUGUCAAAACUAGAAGAGAUUUGACAUCUUAUGACAACACUGAAAGAGAACUGACCUCUCCUGUCAAAACUAGAAGAGAUUUGACAUCUUAUGACAACACUGAAAGGGAACUGACCUCUCCUGUCAAAACUAGAAGAGAUUUGACAUCUUACGACAACACUGGAAGAGAGCUGACCUCUCCUGUCAAUACUAGCACAUGGAUGGCCAAUAGAUUCUUGAAAAUUAUUCAUAUGAAGGAAUUACAUCAAAAUAAUGUGUCUACUAAUUAA